ACAGUGAACUAACUCUUGCUACAAAGCUUAUCUCUGACCUAGUGAAAGUGUAUUAACACAUCAACUUUACUAUAUAGAGCUCUCUAUAUAACUGGGCUUUAAUCAUGAGUGGGGGUAGGAAUGGACGUAGAAACAAGGCAAGACGUGGGAAAAAGGCUGCACUAAAAGCUGAAGCCGAGAAAGCGGCUGCUGCUGCAGCUACUGCUGCGGCAGCUGCUGCAGCGGCAGCAGCUGCAGCCACAUCUGCAGCUAAGACCCACGCUAAAUCAGCAGCCAAGGCCAUAUCUCAGGCAGAUGCCAAGGCAGAGAUGAAGGCUGGGUCUAAGAAUAGGGUUGUUACUGAGAAGAAGAAAGGAACAAAGUCAGAUAAAAGUUCCAAGUUUGAAGAUGAGGCCACUAAAAAGCCUCAGCUUUGUUCUGUGACUGAGCCCAGAGCUGAAAGUAAAGAUAAGUCUGGUAAAACCAUAUGUAAAGAGAAGUCUGGUAUUGAUGCCUGGUUAUGGGGUGGGGACGAUUCCAGUGUUGGGCCCUGGAUCUGGAAUGGAGAAGAAGCUGGUAACCGUUCCAGUGUUAAGAAUGGAGGUAAAACUAAGGAUAUCAGUGCCCAGUACAGUGCUGAUAAGUCUGAGACUCUGGGUGCAACUGGUUACAAGGCAAAGGCAGGAGGUGAGGACGAAGAGGAAGAGAAUGUUAUUGGGAGCUGGUUUUGGGAUGGUGAUGAAACCAGUUUUGAUCCUAAUCCUAAACCUGUGAGCAGGAUCAUUAAGCCCCAGCCUAUUGAUGAAAUUAAUGAAAAAAAUAGGCCCAAGGAUUGGUCUGAGGUAACUAUCUGGCCUAAAGCCCCUGCUGUAACUCCAGCAGUAUUAGGGUUUAGAUCCCAAACUACGUCUGAGCCAAGGCCUCCUUCGUAUAUUGUCCUGGCCUCAGCUGAUGAAAGUCAUCAUUCUGUGCCUGAAGGGGCAGCAGCAGCGGCAGCAGCCUGCCCUCCUAGGAGCACUUCCACAUGUUCACAGUCUAUUCCUGAGUAUCCUUUUGGCUCUGAGCCUUGCAUUCAGACUAUAGAGGAGAUCAGACGCCAAAUCAGGAUCAGAGAGAUGAAUGGCAUUAAGCCAUUUGCUUGCCCUUGCAAAAUGGAAUGCUAUAUGGAUUCUGAGGAGUUUGAAAAACUUGUUACCUUACUGAAGUCAACUACUGAUCCUCUCAUUCACAAAAUAGCUCAAAUUGCUAUGGGGAUCAUUAACGUUCAUCCAUUUGCCCAGGAGUUCAUUAAUGAUGUGGGCGUGGUGACACUUAUCGAAAGCUUGCUCAGUUUUCCUUCCUCUGAAAUGAGAAAAAAGGCUGUGAUUACUCUAAAUCCCCCUUCUGGGGAUGAAAGAGAGCGCAAGGUUGAAUUACACGUUAAGCAUAUGUGUAAGGAAACCAUGUCUUUUCCGUUGAACUCGCCUGGACAGCAGUCUGGAUUAAAAAUACUUGGGCAACUGACUACUAAUUCUAACCAUCACCACAUUGUUGCCAAUUAUUUUACGGAGCUUUUCAAUUUGCUGUCCACAGGAAAUCGUAAGACCAGAAAUCUUGUUCUGAAAGUUCUCUUGAAUAUGUCUGAAAAUCCAGCUGCAGCCAGGGACAUGAUCGAUACAAAGGCCUUGGCAGCAUUAAAACUCAUCUUUAACCAGAAGGAGGCAAAGGCCAAUCUUGUUAGUGCCGUUGCCAUAUUUAUUAACAUAAAAGAGCAUAUCAGAAAGGGCUCGAUUGUUGUUGUGGAUCACCAGAGUUACAAUACACUCAUGGCCAUUUUCCGUGAAGUUAAAAUGAUUAUUGAAACUCUGUAAAUGAGCCAGAAAUUAAAACAUUUGAUCAGUCUCUAAACUCCCAGAAGUACAAGAAAAAACACUUUUGAUCGGUCUCUGAACUCUAUAGGCUAUCUGUUCCCAAAGAGUUUGUGUAAGUUUUGGCUAUUACAGUGUGCAUAUUACAAGUCGUGUUGUUAACACAAUGUCACCUGUGACAGUUUCUAGGUUUGAACUAGAUGAUUUUUGGAGUAUCAACUGAAUAUUACAUUGUGAGCCGAAAAUGUCUUGAAUUUUAUCUUGUGUAUUUUGGGUAUCUUGUGUGUCUUGUGUAUUUUAAUAUUUUAAGAAGAUAGCGAACCAGUUCAACAAAAGUAAGCUAACUUGUUCAUUAGUACCUACUUAGGUUUGUGGCUUCAAAUCGCAAAAAAAUCCCUAAUUCCUGAAUAUAUAACCUACUUGCAUCAGUAAGCUGACGUGUCUACACUAAAAGAUAACUUGGUAGUAUAUAGGUAUUCACACACACAAACACACAUUUAUUGCCAACAGUGUACUCGUAACACACAGUGGAAGCAGAGGACUAGUAGGGAGUGUUUAAGAGGAAUUGCUGUUUUCCCCCUAUUCUAAUGAGAUGGUAUCAGUCAACUCAUUCAAUAUCAAAGAAAUGGCCCUGAAUCUCAAAAUGUAAUAUUCAUUUUUCAGUUAGCUAUUACAUUUUUAACUUAGGUUGUUAGGCUAUUUAUUUUAUAUUCAUCUCACAGAAGAGAAAGUAGGUAAAGGGAGGAAACAUUUCCUAAGUACUUGCUCUUAUAUCAGACACUGUUGGCACUGUAUUUUACAAUUUUUCCCUCUUCAUAAUUAUCCUGAGCUAGGUACUGGCAUUAUUAUUAUUAUUGUUGUUAUUAUUGUUAUUAUUACUGAACUCAUACUAGGUACACUACAAUGACAGUUAUGUAAGUUAGAUAUUUUUCCUAUAUCCCCACAGCAGACAGGUGGCAUAGCUAUUUUGUCUGAUGCCAAAAUGUAUUCUCAUUAAAUGUUCCUUACAGUUCUUUUUUACAUCUUUUAGGUAGUGACUCUGAAGGCCUAUAGAAUGAUUUUAACAAUUCAGUUUUGCUGUGAGGUUACUACAAGGCCUUGCAUUUCUUAACUUUCUCCAGUUGCACAUCUCAGUUAAACAUUUGGCUAUACCUGGAUAGGGGAGAGUAGAAGAGUUUGGGAUGAGUAGUGGAUGGAUAAGAUCUGGCACUAACUAGGAAACAUCAAGUAGUUCACACUAUUAAAUAGAUACAAUAGAUACAUCAACAAGUGAAAGUUAGCUAUAUAUCCUUCCUAUCUUUUUGUCAGUGUGUACUUUUAUUCCCAAAGAACUGAUAUCAUACUAUAUAUUGUUUUGUAUGCUAUAUUUUAAAAGAUAAUUGCUUUUUCCUUGCAAAAUUGUGCUAUAUAUAAACCAUUUGUGAUGUAUUCUUAAUCAUACGAAAGGCCAGUAGGCCCUACGUUUUACUAGUAUGCAAGUCAGUUUUCUGCUUUUGUACCUCCUAAAACCAUACAAGAUAAAGUGAUUGGAGAUAUUGCAUAACUAGUUUCAUCAGCCCAAUGCAGGAAAUCUAGAAAAGAAACUGCUUCUAUUUACAUGGUAGUGCUUAGAAGACUAUAUGGUCUAGAAAACAUUCCCAGGAUUUUGAAGCGAUGACUAUGAUCUCAGUUGAUAAUUAGAACAUUUGAGAUAAAGAGUGUUUUUAAAUGUAUGAAAAUGAAGGGUUACAUGCUUUGAGAUACAUGAAGAGUUAAAUUGAAAGAUGAUCAAACUGUAAAUGCUGUUUUGUUACUUGCUUUCUCCCCAGUAACUAUAUUGUGAACAUCUUUAUAUGUCAAUAAAACUUCUAUAACCAAAA